GCUAGUAAAUAUGCUACAGUGUCCAACCUGCUCUGCUCAGAUGGUCCCACCACUCAUUCAUUGUUCCGAAGGGCAUCAUUACUGUAACAAUUGCAUCUUAGUGAAUACACAUUGUCGGGAAUGUCAAUUACCAAUGAGAUCCAGGAGAAACUAUGCUUUUGAAAGUCUGUGUUUUUCUUACUCGUUGAAAUGCUCCUUUGCCCCAGAUGGAUGUCUAUUUACAGGCACUUGCAUUGUUGUUGCGGAACACGAGAGGUGUUGCGAAUUUUCUCGAACACAACAACGACAUUCUGUUACGUUAUCUGAGAGGGUUCGUCCCAUAGAGGACUCCAGAGGACAAUCAUUGGAAGAAGCUCUUUUAGCAGAAUUAGAAUGCCCGGUUUGUUUAUCGCUGAUUUUACCACCCAUAGUAGAGUGUUCUAACGGCCAUCGGAUUUGCCAUGAGUGUUACCAGCGAGUUGAACACUGUCCCAUAUGCAGAAUACCAAUGGCGUAUACAAUAAACCUCAUUCUAGGGGAUAUUUUUGAAAUGAUGGUGGUGUCUUGUAAACAUGCCCGCGUAGGUUGUGAAUUCCGCGAUAAUGUACGUUCUGUCAUGGACCAUGAGAAGUCCUGUAAGUUCAUCGUGAAGUUAUGCCCUCUCACGGUGGAUGGAAUCUGCAAGUGGAAGGGUGCGAUGCGUCAUCUGGUGGAGCACUGCGAAAAUGCUCAUUCUGACAGGCUUAUCUUAGCAAACGAGUAUAGGUGUAUUAAUGGAAACUUCGAACACCAACUUUCGAAUCAUAACCUUUUCUACAUUAACGGUGUUCUGUUCAGAUUUGGGUGGUACGCUUGUGACGGUUUUUAUAAAUUUUCGGUAAAUUCCUUCGGGUACGUAGGAAAUGAAGUUCAGUAUUCGUACCAAAUUAAAGUUUUUCACCGUACUGGCAAAUAUUUGGUAACAAAGUCGAAAAUGUCAUGUGCUGAUCUGGAGGAUGGUGAUAUUAAAUUUCUCAAUCGAUACUUCAUAGAGAUGCCACAAGGACUUGAUUGUUUCAACGAGCUUGGUGAGAUUACUUAUGAGGUCAAAAUGAUUGAACACAGAAUGUAAAAGUGUAGAAUCGUCACACGUUUCCAUUGGAUGAUAUUUUGCGGCUAUUUCAGCAUGAUGACGUCAAAUGGAAUGGAAUGAUUCUAAAAUUUGUAAUUAUAGUUUUUGUUUCAAAUAAACUUCACAAUUCAACAUAAAUAGUGAGUCUAGUACACAAAAGUGUUUUUUAUAUCUUCUCACCUCAACAUUAUAACGUGUUUUCGCUAUAAUUCUGAAAGGCUUCAAAAUAUCAGACUUGCGCCGCGAAAGGACACUCCUUAUGUGUAUUAAAAAUCCUCGCGCGUGCCAAUUCAUUAAUUUCGUUCUCCACACAAAAUGAACGAUUUCAAUUAUUGCCCGGGUUGAAACCUCA